AUGGCGUCGCAGCGACCUCGCGCGGGCGAUGGGAGGAGUGAGGGGGUGAUGAGAGCACGGGGCGAGGGUGCGAGCGCGGGUGGGGGCAUGGGCCGACCGCAAGGAGGGGGCGGGACGGGAGGGGGGGGCGGGCGGGAAAGGGCGAUGGGAGAGGGCGAGGGGGGUUGGCGAGGGAAGAUGCGAGGUGUGGGGGAAGAGGGGGACGGGCGCGGCAGCGGGCGCGGGGCAUCACGGGGGCUAGCGGGGCUGGAGACGGCGGGCGCCCGCGAGAGCGUGGUGCUGGUGGGGGCGGCGGCGUGGGUGGUGGCGCGGGUGGCGCUGCGGGGAGUGCUGCCAGGCGGCACUGUGGCGGCCAUGGCGGCUGUGUGGGCCGCCGCUGUGGGCGCUGAGUGCCGCGGCUGGGGAGCGGCCUUCCACGUGCUGCAGCCCAGGCUGGGCGCAUCCUCGCCGGGGCUGCACCUCGCUGCCAUCACGCCCUCCGCUGCCAUUGCCGCUGUCUGCGCCCUGCACCGCUCUGCACCGCUUUCUACUCCUCCCUCAUUCCCCCCCUGGCUGCUGGUGCUGCUGCACGCGUCCCUGGUGACCUCGCUGACUGCAGUGGCCGGCACGGCAGCCGCUGCUGGCCACCCUGCGCUGCGCCGAGCAGCUCUCGAGCAGGCGGCAGCCAAGGGAGGGACGGCCGAGGACAGUGGAGGGGGGGAGGAGGGGGGCAGGAGAGGGCAUGCAGGGGGCAGAAGGAGGGGCGGGGGACGCGAGGAGGGCAGCAACGGGGGGCGCAUGGAUGCAGGCGUGGGGGCGUUUGAGCGGCGCUUCUUCGGCGCGUGGCUGGCCGCCGGUGCUGCUGCCGUGCUGCUGCUCUGCCAUGCCCAUGCUGACGUGGCAUGGCGGAUGGCAGCAGGUGAGGUAGAGGUGCAGAUGGAAUGCUCGGGGAAGGGCGGGUUGAGGUGGCUUUCUCUGUCCUUUCGAACAUGCUGCUCUCUGCUCCCCUCUCACCUUCCCUUCUCAACCUCCCCUCUCACUCACCCUCCUUUCUCACCCUCCCUCUCAUCCUCCUUUCUCAUCCUCCCUUCUCACCCUCCCUUCUCAUGCCACCUGCUUACGCCCUCGCUCUCCCCCCUUAUCUCUAUGCCCCAUCAUGACCGUUCGCCCUCCCCUGCACCCUCCCCUGCACCCUCCCCUGCACCCUCCCCUGCACCCUCCCCUGCUCUCUCCGCCUGCCCUUCCCCUCUGCCGCCCCCCUCUUCGCCCCUCCCCACGCCACCCAGCCAGCGCGAGGCGCUACUGCUGGCGCAGGGCACGUCGCUGUAUGCCGUGCAUGCCAUCGCCAUCACCUGCUCUCAGCUUCUGCCAUCCCAUGUGCUGCCGCUCGGCCUUCUCCCCCCCGCGCCACCCUCGUCGUCCUCCAUCGACCUCUUUCUCGCGCGCGCCGACGCCAGUGUGCAGGCCCUCGUGCUGGCGAUGCUGCUGCUUCCUCUGCUCGCCUCCACCGUCUCCUCGCCUGCAAGCGCCACGCGCCCAGGCCAGCACGGGGGGCGCACGGCAGCAUUCUACGCCGCGCUGCUGCUGCUGCUGGGCCACCUCGUGCCGCUCUGGCUCGCCCUCGCCGCCCACGCCACGCACGUGCCACCGCCCCCUAUGCUCUGGUGGCUGCGGGAGGUAAUGGCCAACGGGCCGCUCUGGCUCUACUGGCUGCUGCUCCUCCUCCUCCUCCUGCCGCUUCUCUCCCGUCUUGCCCCUUCCUCCACGCGCACACCCCACACCAUCCCCUCUGCCCCCCCCCUGUCCGCUGCUUCGCCCACGCCAUCCACUGGCCCCGCUGUUCCCCCCCCGGCGGCGGUCCCCCCAGUGCCCCACGUGGUGCCCCACGUGGUGCUGCGCAAGGCCUUCCACGUGCUCGCCCUCGCCAUGUUCCUCCCGCCCAUGCUGCUGCAGCCCGCCUUCCUCCGCCUUGCCUUUGGAGUGUGCUUUGCCUUCUUCCUCCUCUUGGAAGCCAUGAGAUACCAGGGCAUUCCGCCACUCUCGGCCCCCCUGGAGGCCUUCCUUCGCCCCUUCACUGACGCCCGCGACGCCGGCCCACUCAUUCUCAGCCACUUCUCUCUGCUACUCGCCUGCAUGCUGCCUCUCUCCCUCACCCCGCCCGCCUUCCUCUCUUCCUCGCACUCGCCAAUCCAAGCCUGCCACGUGGCACCCUUUGCGGGGCUGCUGAGUGUCGGCAUAGGGGAUACCAUGGCAUCGGUGGUGGGGGUGCGGUGGGGGCGGCAGCGAGUGGCAUCAGACUCGCCCAAGUCAUGGCAGGGCACCGCCGCCGCUGCUGCUGCCAUGCUCGCCGCCUCGCUGCUGCUGCUCUCUCUGCUGCCGCCUCCCCUUGCACCCGUCCAUGAUGCCUCUGCUGCUGCGCUUCACCAAUUGCUGUUUUCCAAUCUACUACAG